CCGUAAACGAUUUCGCGAGAGUGGAUCAAGUAUGGUGCAAAUUUAUGUUUCCUUAUAAGCCACCGGCAAACAUGUAUCCUUUUUAUACUGGGUGCCACACUAUCGAGUAUUCGACAAAGUUUUUUUGCUUCGAUGCAAACGAUUCGCAGCGGACAAUCCAUUCUUUUAUAACAGGUUUAUGGGCCAAUAACUUCUUCUUCCACAUCUCGGACCCUCCCAAUCUGGCGCUGGCAAAGUGCUGCCGUGUCCCUACCGGCUACUACAUCGACUACAUGUCCUGCUACUAUGUAAGUACCCACGAUCCGUAUUUUGAAUUCUACGACAACGUCGGCGCCUUCCUUACUACAUGCGCCACCGGCUACGUGGCCACCGGCAUCGCCAAGAAGAUCGAGCCCUACACCUCCAACAGCGCCCACCCCAGUUCCGUGGACUGGAUGCAGUGCUGCCGGCUGGGCUUCGGUCCACCGGAAGUCCAUCCGCCCCCGGUCAUCUAUGCGCCCUCGGGGGCCGCCACCUACUACACUGCCCGGGCGCUGACGGCGGAUGAACUGGCCAUCCCGACGGGAUACAAGGGACAGUAUCGCAGCAAGGAGACACCGGAGGAUGCCGCCGUGCCCCGGGCGUACGAUGAAGAGGAUGAAAACGAAAAUGAUGUGACCAACAACUCCACAGCGUCCGGGUUGUCACGGUUUUCGGUGCGGGCGCCGGAGCGUCCGCGGACGGUCAAAACGGCAGAAAGCCUACUGGAACGCGAUCGGGAGUUGCGACUACGACAGAUCCAUGUCAACCAACCAAAUGUGCACAUGUAUUCCAGGCUGUAGAUUGCAGAUCUUGAUACUUUUCAAAAACUGGCUUGUGACCUUUCGUAUGGCUUGGUGUGAACUGUGAGCAAAUGGCAGUCGUGUUCAUCCAUCGGUAUUUUAUUGUUUUCGGUCGAACGUGCGCUCGUCUUUUGCAUUUUUUAUGCUGUAUUUGUCUGCGUUUUCAAAACGUUUUACGAGUAUAAUGAUUGGCGCAAAUCGUUUGCGUACAAGAUGGCCAAGCGUACUGUGAAGGAAAUUCUAGAAAAGUCCGCCACUUCUGGACCAUGCCCUUUGAGUAAAAUAAGUACGUUUACCUGCAAAACACGCAUA